AUGAGGCAGUUUAGACCUGUCUUGAAAACACUUAGACUUAUGAAUAGUUCAGCACCAGCACCGGCAGUGAAUGGCAUUUGUGCAAGCAAUGUCAUAAACCUGAAUGAUGGUCAGAGUAUAGAUACUCAUGCCAAUAGAGCAGCAACUGCCUUGAAAUCUGGCCAUGUCAUAUCUGUUCCAACUGACACCAUUUAUGGUGUUGCUGCACUGGCACAAAAUAAGGCUGCUAUUGAAAAUAUUUAUGAAAUAAAGAAACGUAGCACAUCCAAACCUUUGGCUAUUUGUGUGUCUGAAGUAGAUGAUGUUUAUUUGUGGGGUGAGGUGACUGUCCCUCAUUCGUUACUUACAUCCCUCUUACCUGGACCUGUAACUGUUGUUUUCAAGCGCACACCACAGCUAAACUCUUCACUGAAUCCUGGGACAGAAUUAGUUGGCAUUCGUAUCCCUGAUCACAAAUUUAUAAGGACAGUUGUAAGGUACUGUGGGACUCCUAUAGCCCUUACAAGUGCAAACAUUACUUCACAAGAAAGUCCUUUGAAUAUUAGUGAAUUUCAGGAACUAUGGGAUCAGUUACACUUGGUGUUUGAUGGAGGAUGUCUGGGAAAGAGCUCUGCAUGCAGAGAAGGAUCAACUGUGGUUGACCUUUCACAGCCAGGUGUAUACAAACUUAUUCGAAGAGGUAGUGCUUACGAACAGACUGUUAACAUCCUUGAAAAAUAUGAUCUGUGCAUGGUUGACUAA